GUGUGAUGGCUGCCAUGUUUUCGUAGACUUCUUGCUCAAUACACAUUUCGUUAUUAUUUAUAAAAAGGCAAUUGCUAUUUCAGCUCCUGUCUUUCUUUAUUUUCUGAGAUGGCGAAUAACCAGAUACUCUACGUGGAUAGCAGUCCACAAUGACGCACAAAAAGAAACCGCCACCCUCCGUUGGAAAACAAUUAACAGGCCAGUGGAAAACACUACUGACAUUUCCCAGUGCAAAGACAGGAUCAUCAGAUACAUCAGAUUAAUGGAAAGUCAUAUGGAGAUAACGUUACAGUACUAGUACUUAAAUUUCACGGAAACUAAUAAGAAGGUAAUACAAAAAACCCCAACCCCACAAGAAACCCCCACAAAAAAUAUGUAUGUAUACUGAACAAUUAAUUUUUGACCAUUAUAAAGAACUUGAGAAGGAGUUCAUCACCCUUGUAACAUUGUCAGCAGCUACGUUGUACAGCAAAGAUAAAAUACAACAAUAGAAAACAAAACAAAUCAUGAACAGCACUGUUUUCCAGAUGUCCGUAACGCCUAGAAUAGGCCUACAGCCUAGUGACCAUGAGCAUCUUCGAGAGUUCGACCCUGGAAUCAAAGUUAUACUAGCAGUCUUAAUUACUGAGUCCAUUAUAACCUGCGUUGGAAAUGCUCUGACAAUCAUUGUCGUUUGCAGAGACUCUGCCUUGAGAACUAUGGGAAAUAUGCAUAUCACGUCACUGGCGUCCGCUGAUUUGAUUGCCGGACUCACGGCUUCCUUUGGUGUCGUUUGGUUCAUAAAUGAACACGUGGGCACAUUCUUGAGUACUAACAAAUUCUGCUGUUUACUUUGGUACAUCUUGUUUUUCGUCAGUUUUGCAGCAUCGCUUUUCAGCAUGACUCUCAUAGCCAUGGACCGUUGGAUUUUUAUAACCUAUCCUUUGAGAUAUUACAUCUGGAUAACUCCUCUUAAGACGACGUUUUUUAUUGGUUCUGCGUGGAUAGCUGCCAUGUUGUUUGGAUUAUUAUCUAUAGCUUUUAAUACUUUUGAUACCGUAGCCGUAUGUUGUACCCAGGCAGCAACCUCUCAAGCAUAUUUAACUUACGGGAUUGGUAUAAUACUUUUCGGUAGUUGUGCGAUUUCGUUUGUAUUUUAUUUUAAAAUAUUUCUCAUUGCCAAAAAACAGAAAUGUUCCAUUGCACAGAGCGCCAUUGGUGAUCGGGUUAAAUACCGCAGCAGUUAUAAACAGAUUAAGAUUAUGUUUCUCAUAUGUUGCAUAUCCUUGUUUUGCUGGAUUCCCUUCUACAUUGAAAACUUGCCACAUGUUCCCGCAAUAUCUUACGAAGCUUCGAAUCUUACCAUGUGUCUGGCCCUAUUGAAUUCUUGUGCCAAUUUCUUUUUAUAUUCUGCCAAAAAUGCAGCAUUUCGCAAAUCGUUUUUAAAAUUACUUCCACGCUUUCAACAUAGAGUGGACGGAACAUAAAUGUUCCUUUUCAGUAUGUAGGCCUAUGUAUGUAAGUAUGUAUGUAUGUAUGUAUGUAUGUAUGUAUAUAUACGGUAUAGGGAAUAACUGGUUACUGUCUUAAGAUACCGGCUUUAUCUGCGAAGGUUAGAAUGGCGAAUGCAGCAAAACUCUGCCGAGCUGCAUUCGCCAUUCGACCCGAGCAAGAUAAAGCCGAUAUCUUAAGACAGUAACCAGUUAUUUCUUUUAUCUUGCAAUCCUACAGCAAUUUUCGGAAAAUCAUUAUUUAUUCCAGUUUUGUGUACGCAAAUCGAGUAUUAUCAACCUUGCAAGGCUUUUGCUGUAUGACGUCAUACAAGAUACAUGACAUCAUUAUUUGUAAGACGCUAGCUACAUUCUGCACUUUAAAAAAGCGUUUCUAAACUCUAAUUUAUUAAUAAAUAUAGAAGUUCUGUAUUGUUAUCGCAAACUAAAAGUUAUUUGUCUUUACUGUACUUUAACAAAUGAUUUAAAGAGUAUGUUUAUUGAAAAUCUACUCUGAAAUACUCAGUCGAGUAGGGCUUAUGUCUACUAAAACGCAAAAGAAACGCAGGUUCUCAUUAAAUUGGAUAUAAAAUAUUAAAAAAACAAAACGAAAUGAAGAUUUCAACAUUUAUUUUGGAGCUACACCA